CUGCUGUGGGCGAACGCAUAUGGGGCCUGUCGACGCAUAGUCAAGGACGCAGUGUUAAUUCAUCGCACUGGAGCUGAAGAAUAUGGCGACAGGCGUGAUUCUUCCACCGCCCACGACCAACCAGCUGUCAAGUCUGCCUGGCAAUAGUGCACCAAAGGGCUUGCCCUGCAUACGGCGGCAAUGCCGCUAUGUUCGGAAGGUCCUGAUCAACAUCAAUGACCUGAGGAAGGCAACCAAGUUCUGUGAUGUGGUACUGAUGGCCGGAGAUGCAGGCUUCAAGGCGCACAAGGCGGUGCUGUCCGCCAGCAGCCCGUACUUCCACGCCAUGUUCAACGGCGGCCUGGCCGAGCAGGAGCAGAGCGUGGUCAGCAUCCGGCGACUCUCGCCCGUCAUGCUCUCCAUGCUGCUGGACUUCAUAUACACUGGUGACGUGGACGUGACCGAGGAGAACGUGCAGGAGCUGAUACUGGCGGCCGACAUGCUGGAGCUCAGCGACGUCGUCGAGAUCUGCUCCGCCUUCCUCAAGCAGCAGCUCGAGCCCAGCAACGCCAUCGGCAUCUACAGGUUCAGCGAGGGCCACAACCUGUGGUCGGUCAGCAACGCGGCGCGUGCCUUCAUCAACGGCCAGUUCGCCGCGUGCUCCAGCGAGGAGGAGUUCCUGGAGGUGCCGCACACGCUGCUGAUGGAGCUGGUGCGCAGCGAGGCACUCGAGAUCGACUCCGAGUACCAGGUGUUUGAGGCGGCGCUGCGCUGGGUGGCGCACGACAUCGAGGAGCGCCGCCGCUACGUGUUUGACAUCCUCUGCCACAUCCGGCUGCCGCUGAUCCCGAGCAAGCGGAUCGAGACGUGGAUCAACGACUGCUGCGACCCCAGCCUCAAAGUGGCUCUCAGGUCGAUGAAGCGGGACCUGGACGGGCAGAUGGGCUGCCUGGUCAAGCUGUGUGCCGAACCACGCCACUCCGCCAAGAAGACCAUCUACGUGAUCGGCGGCUCCAAGAAGGAGCUGGUCAGCUCGUGGACGCGCUCCGAGAACGCCCUCUGCUCGACCGAGUGCUUCGACACGUUCAACAAGGUGUGGCGGCGGGCCUCUCCGAUGCGUAUCGCGCGCAUCCUGCCGGGCGUGGCCGUGCUGAACGGCCGCGUGUACGUGGUGGGCGGCGAGCAGGAGAGCCUCAUCAUGGCCAACGGCGAGAUCUACAACCCGCAGGAGGACCAGUGGUCCAACAUGGCCUGCAUGAUCUCGCCGCGGGUGGAGUUCGGCCUGGCGGCGGUGGACGGCAAGCUGUACGCCAUGGGCGGCUGGGUGGGCGUCGACAUCGGCGGCACCAUGGAGGUGUAUGACCCGGACCGGGACGAGUGGACGCUGGCCGCCAACCUGCCGGCGCCGCGCUUCAGCAUGGGCGUCGUGGCCCACCAAGGUCUGAUCUUCCUGGUGGGCGGAUGCACGCACUCGCAGCGCCACCUGCACGACCUGGUGCGCUACAGCCCCAGUGCCAAGCAGUGGACCGAGCUGGCGCCCAUGGGCGUGGCCCGCUCCCAGAUGGGCGUGGCCGUGCUCGACGACUACCUGUACGCCGUCGGUGGCAUCGACCGCAAGAACGAGGUGCUCACGGUGGUCGAGCGCUACAGCUUCGAGGAGGAUCGCUGGGAGGAGGUGAAGUCGAUGACGGUGCCUCGCACCUCCCCGUCCGUGGCGGCCGCCAACGGCCUGCUGUACGUGAUUGGCGGCGACCAGAACCGACAGCUGAGCGACUUCUACCGCGCAGAGAUCACCGUUUCUGCUGUCGAGGUGUACGACCCGCUGUCGGGCGAGUGGAGCGACUCGACGCCGCUGCCCGAGUCGCGCAGCGAGGCGGGCGCCGUCGUCAUAUGACCGCGGCCGCCGCCUCGCCUCGCUGACGUCGUCAGCGCUCGUCCAGUGGUGGCCUGAUGCCGACGUCGACGUGCGACCAGUGACGUCAUUGGCGCUGCGGACGUCAUCGCAAGGCCAAGCUGCGGGCCAAUGGUGGAGACCGGUGGACACUCGGGUCUGGUGCGACUCAGAGCCGUCGAAUAUUACGGGAUUGGGUUCGGCGGCUGCGCUCGUGUGCAGCUCUGUACCGCGAGAUCUAGCCUGGAGAAACUUAAGCUUCGCAAGGCUGAAAGUAGUUUUAGCCCUGGUUUGUGAUUGGUGUUGCGCAGUAUGCUGCUGGCGAGGGCGACUGUCGUAGCCGCGUGGUAGUGGUCCGAGCUUUACGACGUGCUUCGCUGCCAGUCGGUUGCUUGUCCCGCGUGCGCGCCUCCUGACCGUGCCACGUGGGUCGGUGUUUUUGCUACCGCGUGUCGUCAUCCUGCGUCGUACGGCUUGCUGGCUGUGUGGCGGGUCCCUAGAGGCACCUAGACGGGACCCUGCGCCGCGGGCGGGCCCCUGCCGCGCCGUCGGCUGUACCGCCCCAGUGGUUGUGUCCCGUCCGUGCUUUGGUGUGGUGGCGGCGGUGGAAUCGGCUGGCGUCGGGCACAGAGGCGGUCCCAGAGAUCCACGAGGGCGGUGCCUUUCUCGGUGUAGAGAUAUGCGUGGUGCGUGAUUGCCACUCUUCGCUCUGUUGGACCUCCUUGCGUGCGAUGUUGUUUGGGGGCUACUGUAUGUCAAAGCU